AUGUCUGAGAUACAUACACUCAACCUCACGCCCUCCCUAAUGGACCAAAGUGGCCUCAAUCUUGACGCUCUUGACCUGCUGCGAGUAUUCACCAAACCGAACAGUUUCCUGUUUCUUGCCGAGCUCGACCUUGGCGGGUCUAUCCUUCGAGACUCGGACAUCACCCACAUCCACCACCUCCCACGGGUCAGCACCCUUAUGCUCAACGACACUGAGAUUUCUGACGAAGCUGUCUUUCACCUCGUUCGCCUCCGCCGAACACUGCUCAACUUGGAUCUCGCGGGGAACAUGCGCGUCACUGAUGAUGCGGCCGCCCCGUUACUCAGGCUGCACAGGUUACGAAGCCUCUCCUUAAUUGAAACAGGAGUUGGGAUGUCGGGCUUGAGGAAGUUCGCGUCAAGCGUUCGCGCCGAAGGCAGAGAGAUCGACGUCGAGUUCCCUCAUGGCUGCGAGGUGUACAUCAAUCGAAUACAGCACCAUUAUCUGAUCGACCCGGCCCCGCCGCUCAUUCGGGAUCCCGGCGCAUGCGCUUCGCUCAGUAUCGGUGCUCUCAGGCGAAACCUAGCCGCGCAUGCGGAAUGCAACCCCAUGAUUCUCGUCGGCGGUACGAAAGAGGAGAUGGAAUACAGGCUUCAGGAUGUGCUGGAACGGCGGCAAGCAGACCUGAAAGUAAGGGAAGUGAUGUGGCGCGAACGGGAAGAAACGACAGCAGACGAAUCAGAUGAUUACGAGGACUAA